AAAAAGUUGAGCGGAUUUUAUUGCACAGCAAGCCGAACUAAUGUUCAGUUGUGAAAAACCUUUAGUACCACAGAACACUUCGUCGUUCGUCAAUCGUUUUUGUGAGUUUAUACUCUAUGAAGUGAAAAUAAUAUACAAAAGCUAAAUUACUUUCCUUUUCGCAGAAAGUUAACAGAAAAUUUCAAAGAUUUGUUAAUACAUUGUGGCUAAAUAAUUUCUAGUCUGUGUGCGCUCCUUCAAAUGCAACUAAAUCCUGCACGUAUUUUUUUAUUAUUGUUAUUAUCCAAACGCGCCAGGUCCCACAAGAUGAUCAAAUGAAUUAGAAAAAAAAUUUAGAAAAAACAGCCGCUCAUCCAUCACUUGAGUCAUAAAAACAAUGAAUAUUCCAAUUAUAUUUUUGAUUUUGAUGCUGAUGCUGAAAACCCAAUCAACCAGAGCGGAUUGCGAUAUACCAAGUGCAACUACCACCAGUGGAACCGUUAGGAAACCAUCACAAAAACUCUGUUCCGGAGAUUUAAUUUUCGAAGAUCAAUUCGACUCUUUCGAUGUUUCGACGUGGCAACAUGAAAUUACACUGUCUGGCUGUGGAAACGGCGAAUUCCAGUAUUAUCGCAACAGCAGAUCAAACAGCUACACUUUAGAUGGGAAACUUCACAUUAAACCCACUUAUUUAGUUGAUGAUUAUGGCCAAGACUUUCUGUGCUCUGGAACUUUAAAUAUUACUGCUGAGUGUACUAAUCCAGACAAUAAUGGCUGCUUACGAACUGGAACGACUGAUAAUAUCCUAAACCCAAUAGAAAGUGCUAGAAUUCGCACAUUGGAAUCAUUUUCAUUCAAAUAUGGAACGAUAGUAGCCCGAGCGAAAAUACCCGCAGGUGAUUGGCUUUGGCCGGCCAUUUGGCUUCUACCUACUGAUUGGAAGUAUGGAAGCUGGCCAAUAUCAGGCGAAAUAGAUGUUAUGGAAAGCCGUGGCAAUCGGGAUUUAACUGACUCUUCGGGGCGUAAUUUGGGAUCUCAGCUAGCAUUUAGCACACUUCACUGGGGCCCAUCGCCAGCUGAAAACAAAUUCAGCCAAACCCAUUGGGAAAAAAGCAAUUCCUCAGGGUUCAACAAAGAUUUUCACAUCUACAAAGUUGUCUGGAAUCCUGAAGGUUUCCAGUUCUACAUUGACGAAGAGCUGAUUGGCACACUUAACCCGCCAAUAGGAGGUUUCUGGGAGUUGGGAAACUUUGAAAAUAGCACCAAGCCUAAUCCAUGGAGUGCUGGAACGAAAAUGGCCCCGUUUGAUCAACAGUUUCACAUAAUUAUCAAUUUAGCCGUUGGCGCUACUGGUUAUUUUCCAGAUGAAGCCCAGAAUAUUGGGGGUAAACCCUGGAAAAACCAUUCACUUCAUCCUAUGACCGAUUUUUGGAAGGGCAGAAACCAAUGGGAGCCCACCUGGAAUUUGAACACUGAUGAUUAUCACUUUAUUGUGGAUUAUAUUCAAGUUUUUGCGAUUUGACUUGUUUAUGUAUUUUAGUUUGUUAAUAAUUAAAAUUAAUUCCUGGGUUUCAGUUAUUUAUUGUC